AUGACGAGCGAUCUGAUUACGAGUUGGCUAGAAGGCGGGCAAGCUCGCAAAGAUGUGCUACUACUUCUCGUAUGCUCCCUACUCGACGCGUUUCCGGUGUACGAGGAUCUUUCCCUCGACUUGGCCGAUCCGCCAACGUUACGCCCUCAUCAUCAUCAUCAUCGGAAGCAUCACCGCCGACACAAGAAACGGAGGAGCCUCAGCUCGAAGGAGGGCGAGGCGAACAACAAUCGGCGUGUCAUUCAGAUGAAACCCUACUGGCCGUGGCCG